AUGCCCAGCUUUAGGAACACAGCGUUAAAUAGAGGGGUCCCUGCUCUCCAGGUCCUCAGGUCGAAUGGCGGUCAGAGCAAGGAGGAUGGAGGCAAAUCCUUAAAUAACACCAUCUUAAGGGACAUAAGGAACCUGGACAGAGGCAGGCAUCUCGCUGCUCUUCACCCCUGUCACCGCAUCUCGCUGCUCUUCACCCCUGUCACCCGUGAACUUAUGAUGAAUUUCGCUUCCAAGAAGAUCAUUCUUCACAAUAGGAUAGGAAGCAGAUUGGUUGGCAUGGCCUCUGCUAUCAAUGUUUUAGAAGAUGUGGAUGAUGAACUUGCCUCUGUGUAUGUUGAUGAAGGCAAAUUGAAAGUGAAAAUGCCAAACAUUGUUUCCAGCAGAGAUUACCUUGUCACUGCGAACUCCAACCUCGUGAUUAUCACGGCAGGUGCACGCCAGGAAAAAGGAGAAACACGCCUUAAUUUAGUCCAGCGAAACGUGGCCAUCUUUAAGUUAAUGAUGUCCAAUAUCAUUCAGUACAGUCCGUGCUGCAAACUGAUUGUGGUUUCCAAUCCAGUGGAUAUCUUGACGUAUGUAGCGUGGAAGUUGAGUGCCUUUCCCCAAAACCGUGUUAUUGGAAGUGGUUGUAAUCUGGACACUGCCCGUUUCCGUUUCUUGAUUGGGCAAAGGCUUGGUAUCCAUUCUGAAAGCUGUCAUGGGUGGAUCCUUGGAGAGCACGGAGACUCAAGUGUUCCUGUGUGGAGUGGAGUAAACAUCGCCGCCGGUGUCCCUCUGAAGGAACUGAACUUAGAUAUAGGAACUGCUAAAGAUCCUGAGCAGUGGAAAAAUGUUCACAGAGAUGUGGUUGCUAGUGCCUAUGAGAUUAUUAAAAUGAAAGGUUAUACUUCUUGGGCCAUUGGCCUAUCUGUAGCUGACCUAACAGAAAGUAUUUUGAAGAAUCUUAGGAGAGUGCAUCCAGUUUCCACCAGAAUUAAGGGUCUCUAUGGAAUAAAUGAAGAAGUAUUCCUCAGUGUUCCUUGUAUUCUGGGGGAGAGUGGUAUUACUGACCUUAUAAAAGUAAAGUUGGCCCCCGAAGAAGAGGCUCGUCUGCAGAAGAGUGCAAAAACACUUUGGGAUAUUCAAAAGGAGCUUAAGUUUUAAAGUUGUUUAAAACUAACUACCAUUCCGAAGUUACUGACGAAAGGUAGUGGUUAUGGUCUUGUGUAUUUCUAGUUUUUGAAUAAACUUGAAUUCCUAAAAUUUGGAGUCAGGGGUAGAGUGACCCGACCCCCCUAUUUAGCCCCCACCCCUUUUAUUUAGCAUCCAGAUUCUAGGUUAUACUUUUUAACAGUUCAUAAGUGACUGUGCAUCAAGUAAGGUGUUUUUGUACCAAUGAUUUAUUAGUCCUUGCUUUAUGUGUGUGUGUACGUGUAGAGUUGCCAAUUGUUCAAAAAUAUGUGGGAUGCAGGUGCUUGUUGUGUUACAGAAAUUCUGAUUCUUUUCAUUAAGUACAUGUUCAUUCUUUGGUUCUGGGUGCCUUAUACCUAUGUUCAUUUAUGAGUAACUUCCUACACAGUGUGAAAAUAAAGCUUACACACAGAGG